GCACUCGGAGGAGCCGGGACCCGCCGAGCCCGCGGGCCCGGGCGCGCCAGCCGGGUGGACAUGGCUUCUCAGAGGUUAAUUUCUAACAGAACCUCCCAGCAAUCUGCAUCUAAUUCUGAUUAUACCUGGGAGUAUGAGUAUUAUGAGAUCGGACCAGUUUCCUUUGAAGGCCUGAAGGCUCAUAAAUAUUCCAUUGUGAUUGGAUUUUGGGUUGGUCUUGCUGUCUUCGUGAUUUUUAUGUUUUUUGUGCUGACCUUGCUGACCAAGACAGGAGCCCCACACCAAGACAACGCAGAGUCUUCGGAGAAGAGAUUCCGAAUGAACAGCUUUGUGUCGGACUUUGGAAGACCUCUGGAGCCAGAUAAGGCAUUUUCCUGCCAGGGCAACGAGGAGUCCAGGUCUCUCUUUCACUGCUACAUCAAUGAAGUGGGACACGUGGACAGGGCCAAAGCCUGUCACCAGACCACAAGCCUGGACAGUGACGUCCAGCUCCAGGAAGCUGUCAGAGGCAGCGGGCGGCCAGAGGAGGAGCUGAACAGGCUCAUGACGUUCGACAUCCCCAACUUCGUGAACACGGAGCAGAAUGCUUCCUUUGGGGAGGACGACCUUCUGAUUUCUGAACCGCCUGUCGUUCUGGAAAAUAAGCCGCUUUCCCAGGCAUCAUGCAGAGACCUGGACUGAGAACUGUGCUCUGAGGAGGUUUCUGUCUGAAGAGGUGGAUUCUUGUUUCUGUAUAACAAGAAAUUUCUAUCCACCAAAACUGUGUGUGUGUGGCAGGGAGCAAGAGAGAGACAGACAGAGAGACAGAGAGAGAGAGAGGCAGAGACAGAGA